UACUAGUGAUUACGUCGUUUGUCAAACAAUACUGGCUUUAUUUGUUGGGGAUAACCGCCGCUAUGUCCUCCGAGGCUACACUCAUGUAAUGCAGAUACAUACUGCUCCUAUCACAAACAACGGCCAUGAGCUGCUGCAGGAUUCCUCCUCGCUUUUAUCUCUGAAACACCACAACCACGUUGUUUGCAGGUUGUGACAUUUGCCUUUUAUGGAAUUCAUAGCUGGGAGCCUUUCCGGUGCACUCGGAUUGGCAGUGGGCCAUCCAUUAGACACUGUGAAGGUGCGUCUGCAGGCCCAGUCUGUGUACACAGGGAUAUUUCACUGUGUGUCUAAAACGUACUCUAAAGAAGGGCUCCAUGGAUUCUUCAAAGGUAUGGCAUUUCCCGUGCUGACCACUGGCAUCACCAACUCUGUUGUCUUUGGCUCUUACAGUAAUGCCUUAGAUCACCUCACUCAGUCUCAGCACGGGGGCCGCGGCCAUGGAAAACCAGCCUCCGCUGCACAGGUCUUCACUGCCGGCUGUUUCUCGGGCCUGAUGCAGGUGUGUGUGUACGCUCCCAUCGAUCUGGUGAAGGUGCGUCUGCAGAGUCAAGCCACUGUUGACAGAUACCGAGGACCCGUCCAUUGUGUCGCUGUCAUCCUGAAGCAAGAGGGACCCAAGGGUCUUUUCAGGGGGGGGCUGGCCGUCGCCCUGAGGGACAUACCCUGCUACGGGCUCUACUUUUUGCCCUACGAGGUCACUCGAAAGGCUCUGGCCAGGAGCGGGGAAGAGCCAGGUACGUUUGCAACCUUGAUGGCAGGUGGCUUGGCGGGCGUGGUGAGCUGGUCCUUCGCCACGCCCAUGGAUGUGGUUAAAGCCCGGGUCCAGAUGUCAGGGGCCGGCGGCAGGGAGUUCAGAGGGGUCCUGCACUGCAUCGGAGUGAGCUACAGAGAGGAGGGAUUGAGGGUCUUCUUCAAAGGCCUUCUACUGAACAGCCUGAGGGCUUUCCCAGUCAACGCCGUCACGUUCCUCAGCUACGAGAGUCUGAUGGGUCUGUACUGUCCACCCCCGAGAUGAGGUGCCCUCCCGACGGGGCGGGGGCUUUAAUGUACAAACCCAAUGCGACUGCAGGUCAGAUAUCCUCUGGGUUACUUAACAUCAUCGGUUAAGAUGAAGAGCCUGUAGUGAAACUUCUAAACUGUACAUGACUUAAACAAAAGUAUAAACUUCACAAAUGUUUUUCACCAUGUUUUAUCUGAUUACGAUGAAUUAUAUUCCUUUCAAGUACAUACGAUGGAGUCUAAUUAUUUUUCAUGAUAAAUAAAUGUGGGGACUAGUCCACAGAGUCGUUCACAUGAAGGGCCACUAGAAACUUCUUUAAGAUCACACAUAAAUUAACUGUGUAAAUACAAGUCUUCAAAUGUUAAGACUCAGCUCAUUGUUAGACGCAUUUGUGUAAUUUCAAUAUACUGCUCUUUCUGUCUGUUCAUACUAGCAAGUGAGAUUUGUUGCUCUGAGGCAAGGCCCGGCCAUUUUAUUAAGGCAUUUCAAAGUGCUUCACAUAAAACCAUAAAAAACCAACAGAUUUACCAACAGUUAGGAACAUUGAUUGAUGUUAAAAGAUGUUAUAAAAUAAUACAAAUAGAAUAACAUUUGCAAUGUAGUUUAAAAAUGUCUUCAAGAAUUAAAGGCAGCAGCAAACAGUAAAGUCUUUAAUCCCGAUUUAAAGGAGCUGAGGCACUCAGCAGACCGGCAGCUUUCUGGGACUUUGUCCCAGAUACGUGGAACAAAAAAACAUAACGCUGCUUCUCUGUUUAGUUUUGACUCUGGGAACAGAAAGUAGACCCGUCCCAGACGACCUGAGGAGUCGUGGCAGUUCAUAAGGUGACAGCAGAG